CCACUCCCACAGUGCCUCAGAAAUGCCGAACUCGCAAAAGCGGAAGGCCACCGGCGCACCGGCGCCGCGGCGCUGCCCGCCGCCCCGCAUGGAGUACCGCGCGCGGUCCGACGAGGCAUGGUACGGCGCGCGCGUGGUAGUGCAGGACGGCUGGCUGCGCGUCAUGUUCGAGAAUUUCCCCGAGGAUGCGGACGAGUGGUACAAUCCAGGGGCUGACCUCUCAUCCCCGGGCGACGUGGACGCGCUCCGCGCCAGGUUCCGCCGGGCGUGCCCCGCCCUCGAUGAUGCCCACUGUGGCGAUCUCCGCCCGGGCGACCAGCUCUGCCUCGCCUGCGAUAUGCACGGCGGCGAGAUCAAAUACUACGACGCCGUCCUCGAGGCCGUAGAGAAGGCACCUCACGGCACCGUGGACGGCGAGGAGCGCUGCGCGUGCCGUUUCACGGUGUGCUGGACGGAGGGGCCGCGCCGCGGUUGCUCGGACAAGGUGGGCGUCGAGGUGGUAUACUGCGUGCUGGAGUCACCGAUCCAAGAUCCGGUGCUGACCGAGUUCCUGGACGAUGUGAGAAACCGGUUCGGCGACGACCAAGAGGAGGCGACGGCGGUGUCUCAGCAGGCAGCCCCGAGCGGCGAGGAGGAAAUUGCGCUGGUGUCCAGCCUCACGAGUCACGAACUCCUCGAGUAGCUUGUCUUAUUCUUUUUAACGAAGGUAUAUCCCCCUGAAUUCAUCAAUCAAAUAAUUGCUUACAAGAUUGAGGCUGUUUGGAUUGGAGCCCUCGACUGCCCAUCCAAAAAAAUUGGUUCAUUGACCGAGCCCGGGCUUUCUCGCUGAUGGUCACUAAUUAUGUGGUGCGCCAAAGCCCGUCUCAGUUCCUUUAGUUCAAUUCUAACUAGUGAAGAUCCUCAAAAAAAAUAAAAA